UCCUCACGCGAGUCGAGCAGCUCAGACUCCGGCUCGUGGCAACAUGGCGACAGAGCUCCAAAACCUUCAGGAUCUGAGGCAAACUGCCUCUCUGGUCACCAAGGUGUUUAUUCAGAGGGACUACAGUGAGGGCACGGUUUGCAAAUUUCACACCAAACUCCCAGCAGAACUCAACAGCAGGAUUGAGCGGACCCUCUUUGAGGACACUGUGAAGACACUCAAUAACUACUACGCAGAGGCCGAGAAGAUCAGCGGCCAGUCCUACCUGGAGGGCUGCUUGGCCUGUGUGUCAGCUUACAUUAUUUUCCUCUGCAUGGAGACACGAUAUGAGAAGGUUUUAAAAAAGAUCUCCAUGUAUAUUCAGGAGCAGAAUGAGAACAUCUAUGCCCCACGAGGACUUCUUAUCACUGACCCUAUUGAGAGGGGCAUGAGAGUGAUAGAGAUUUCUGUCUUUGAGGAUCGCAGCUCCACCGGCUCCAGUUCCAGUGGCAGCUCCGCAUCUGGCUGCAGUGCUCGGUGACUGGAGGAACAGCACCAGGGGUACGGGUACAGAGGGGCCAAAGGGAUAGCCAAGAUUCGCAUGUUGAAACAUGAGAGCACCAGAUUCUGAAUUGAGUGAAUGUCGAGACUACUUUUUUCCAACUCCUCUUCCUCUGCCAUCACAUAAUUCAUAAUGUAUACAUACAAACCAUCCUUUACUUCCAUCCUUUCAUCACCUUCUAUGUUUGCAUUAGCAACAUACAUGAUCCCUGAACUUUAUACAUCAUAUCCUACAAUUCCUGAAAUAGAGAGCAGGAGUCGACUUUUAUAUUAUAGCCAAAAUAUUUCUUUAAGUGUACCCACUACAUUCCUGUCUAUUCCUGUCAAUUGGACAUUGUUAUGCAUUUGGCAGCUGAGGAGAGUCCUGGAGUGUGGCCAAGCUCUUCUCAUUCUCCUGUCUGGUCUUCUUUAAGAGGCACUGCUACAGUUCACUGCCAUCACUGAUAUUGUGCAGUGCUUGAGGCUUCUGUUCACUCGGCCAACUCUGCCAUUCACCUGCGGCUCAGUGGUUUGCUAUUCUGUGGUGUGGGCAGAGAGCCCAGGUGGAUCAAGUUCUCCCUGCGUCUCAGCUCAUUGGGUAUGCAAGCAAGCUUCAGCCCAUCCGGGACCCUUUGUCUCCAUGAGAUGAAAGCUACUAGCAGUUUUGGCCAGUCCACUGAACUGGGGUUGAUGAAUGUGUGUGUAUAUGUUUGGACAGCAGAUAAGCUACAUUUAGCUGAUAAAAUUCAGAGGAAGUUGAAUCAGCAGCUGCUUAAUAUAAGCUCCAACAAACAGCUGCCUCAUGUGUUUCUGUCUUGGUCAGUUUUGCACUAAUGAUAGCUCCAGGCUGAAACUUGCCCAGCAUCUUGCCUUUAUGAAUACUCAGCAGCUUAAUCCUGCAAACAAUUAUUAGGGCAUUGUGAUUUACCCAAAUUUACUCCCUUUCUAAAAAAUAAUAGUAUACAAUAUCGGAAAUCAGAGCAAGCAAAAGCUGCAGUAUAUAUCUUGUAAGAGAUUUGUCAUAUGAACAACUAUUGUUCUCUAUGUCAAUCUGAUAAGGUAGAUGUAACAGAACUUUGCCUCAAUCUCUUUUUUGUUUUCUAUUCAAAUUCUCAGUUGAGGUGUA